AUGGAUCCAAGUGCUUUUAAAAAUUUCCCAGUGUUUUAUAUUAAAAAUAAAGAAAAUGUUAACAUAGACAAUGAUCAAUUUUCGAGUAGCUUAAGAAAGUUUGAAGAAUAUAUCCAAAGUUGUUUCGAUUUUUUACCGUUUAAAGAGUUAAAGAUAGAUAGUGAAAAUAUAUUUAUAAUUAAAAAUUUAUUCGAUUUUUUUGUUUUUUAUGACUGUGAUAGAUUAAUAUGUGAAACAAUUGAAAAUAAAUGUAAGGACAAAACAAUUGCCUUUUUUGAAGAUUUAGAAACUAAAAUAAAUAAUAAUGAAUUUAAAAAUGCAGAAACUUUUUUAAAUUAUUAUGUCCAUAUAUGGAACAAUUUUUCGUUAGUUAUCGUUCAUUUAGAAGACAUAUUAGAAUCAUUUAAUUCUUAUAAUAAGAUUACAUCUGUGAAUUUUGAUACUCCUUCUUAUAUAUUUACUGAAAUAUGGAAAAAGUAUACUCAUGAUUUUACAAAAAUAAAAAAUAUUAUAAUAUCAAGUGCUUCUGAAUAUUUAAAAUGGGAUAAAAUUUUUUGUGAAACUAAAUUUUAUCAAUACGUAUGUAUGGAUAUAUAUAAUAAUGAAAACGCACAAAACAUGUUUAUAAAUAUAGACAAUAAAAAUAUAAACAAUAUAAAAUAUGAGCAAGUUGGUAUUGAUAAAUGUAUUAAUUAUUCUCAUGAAAAUUGCCAAAUUGAUAAAACUAAUGAAAUUAAUCCUGAUCAAAAAGAAAAUCAACGCAAUGUAAUCAACUAUAAUAUAGAAAAGGACAACACAAAUGUGUAUAUACAUUCUUCAGAUGAUGAAUUGCUUUUAAAUAAUAUUUUUAAAAAGGAAAAUAAUAAUAAUUUUGUUUGUAAAGAAAAUGCUACAAAAAUAAAUGAGAAACUACUUUCUACUGUACUAAGAAUAAUAGAUAUUCUAGGAAUGUAUGAGGAAUUUGAAAAAGUGUAUAAAAACGAAACAUAUGAAUACUUUAAAAAUAGGGUAAAAAAAAGCAAUAAAAUGUUAAUAAAUGAAAAAAAUAAAAUCAUAGAUAAUCGAUUAUAUAAUUUUCCAAAUGAGUUAGAGAAUUAUUUAUGUCAUGAACAAAUGAGAUGUCGUAAGUUUUUAAAAGAAGAAACAGAAAUAGCUAUUUUAAAUAUGUUAAAAGAGCUUUUAAUAGUAAACCAUAAGGAUAUACUAUAUCAAACAGAGUAUAUAGAUUAUUGUAUAAUUAAUGAAAAAUAUGACUCAUUAAGAAUUUUAUAUUUAUUUUCUCUAAAUUUAAAUAUAACUGAAGAAUUCUGUAAUUUAUUUUGUAACUCCGUUGAAACUAUAGGUGUUGAUUUAAUUAAUAAUUUAAUUAAUAAUAGAAAUAAUGUAAAUAUAUUAAAUGAUAAGUUUAUACAAUUAAUAAAUUUUAAAUUAAAUAUUGAUAGGAUUAUUAUUAUGUCAUUUAGAUAUUCAUAUUUUUUUACAAAAAAAUGGAAAGAAGUACUUGAACACAUUUUAAAUAAAGGUGAUCAGGCUGAUAAAUACAUGCCAAUUAUACUUAGUAUAUAUCUAAACAAUUUAAUGAUGAUGUAUAAUGCAUGUAUAAAUAAGCUUAGAAAAUAUUAUAUAUUAAAUAAGGAAAUAAAAAAUAAAACAUAUCGAAAUAAUAUUAGUAAUCCACAUUUUUUAAGUAAUACAGAUAGCGUUGGAGUAGUAGAAAGAGAAAGCAAUCAAAGCUCUGAUAGUAAGGGGGAUCAAGAAUCUGGGAUUGAAAACGAUAAUGAGUUAAAUAACCAAUAUAGUUAUUCGGAUUAUGACAACAGCGAAAAUGGUGAUAAAAUUUAUAUACAUUACCAUGCAGAAAAGGCUGAAAAGUUGUUCAAAAUGUAUCAAGACGUUGGAAAGUGUAUUAUGAGUAUAGUAACUAUUGUGCUUAGUCUUUUUAAAUAUAUAAGUGACAAAGAAAAAUUUGAAAAAUAUUAUCGUAUUUUUAUGUGUAAACGAUUAAUAAAUGACAACUCGUUUAACAUUGUGUUAGAUAUUAAAGUUUUUAAAACUCUUAAAAAAGAAUGUGGUCAGCAAUUUACUAAAAAAAUAGAAAGUAUUUUAAAAGAUAUGAAAAUUACAUCAAAAAUAGUUAAACGAUUUUACAAUGAAAUGCCUCAUAAUUCAAUAAAAUUAUUAAAGAAAAAAAAAUAUUUUGUAAAUAUUAUUUUUAAUGAAACUUGGGAUUAUAAUAAACUUGAAAAUAGUGUUAUCUAUCCAGAAUCUGUAAAAAUGUGUAAUGAUUUUUUUCUUAAAUAUUAUAAGCGCUAUAAUAAAUCCAAAAAUAUCACAUUUUUGCCUCUAUUUGGGUUGUGUACAUUAAAAGUAAAUUUUAGUAGAAUAACCAAAAAAAAAGAAUAUUCACGAUGGCAAGCUGGAAUUUUACAACUUCUUGAAAAAAAUGAUUCAAAUAAGAACAGUGCUAAAUCAGAAAGUGACAAUGAUAUAUUUUGCAAAAAAAAAAAAAAAAAAAUUUAUAUUACUGUAACAAUUAUCCAAGCACUUUGCCUACUUCAAUUUAAUAAAAACUUGGAAUAUACUAUAAAUGAAUUAUGCGAUAUGACAGGUAUAUCAAUUGAUAAUAUAUUAUGCUAUUUAAAAUCCAUUUACACUGAUGGCGAAACACAAAUUUUAAUUUAUGAUGAAAUAAAUAAAAAAUUUAAGGUCAAUUCAGAAUUUAAAUCAAAAAAAAAACAUUUAGUAGUAGAUUAUGCUGAUACAACGUAUAGAGAUAAUACAAAUAUUCCUGCAUUAACACAAGAAAAUAUGGAGAAUGAAGAUAUAAGCCUACAUAUCGAUGCAGCUAUUGUUAAAUUUUUAAAAGUAGAAGGGAAAGCAUCACAAAUGAAUAUAUGUGAAUAUAUUAAAAAAAAAAAGAAUAUUUCUUCCAAUGAACAAAUUACAAAUAGAAUAUCUUCAUUGGUAAAUAGAGAAUUUAUAUUUUUUCAAAAUGAUCUUUAUCAUUACGAACUAUAA